CAGCCAUCUGUCCAGUGGAGUGCCCAACUGAGCUAUACAAAGCACUAUCCAAAUCUCUAUCUCCAAAUCAGUGCCACAUCAUUGGUUAAAGUGUUACUAAACCCAGUACCCUGCAUUCAUUAUAUCUGGUCCCCCACAGUACACAGAACAUGGAAGUGCAAUUAUUUCAGUAAAUAUAAACUGCUAAAUACCUUUUCUUAUCAGACGUUAGAGCAGUCUUGUGACUUCUAUCAGUGUUCAGCAGAGCACAUGUUACAGCUGGUACGAGGAGUUUUCUUUCUGCUCUAGGAGGAUGCAAAACCCCUGA